AUGACCAAAGAUUUGAAGAACCCAACUGUUAAGCCUGUACCAAAAGGCCAUCGAUGGAUCCUUUUCGUUUCGGGUCCUACGGCAUCGGGCAAGUCGUCAGUCGCCAAAUAUUUAGCAGAUAAGCUCGACCUAAAGUUCGUCGAAGGUGAUGAUUUCCAUCCCAAAUCAAACGUUGACAAGAUGAGUCGCGGUGAGCCUCUAACCGACGAAGAUCGAUUUGGAUGGCUCCAAGCACUUCACGAACACGCAAUUCACCAUCCCAAAGGUCCAGGCACUGAUCAUCUCGUGGUGACCUGCUCAGCUCUGAAGCGUCAAUACCGUGACCUUCUUCGACAGGGAUCCGAGGACGCAGGUGAUCUGCGUGUGCAUUUCUUACAUCUCGAUGCGCCAGAGGAAGUUCUCACGCAACGUGCUGCGGAAAGGAAGGGGCACUUUGCAGGACCAGCACUGGUGCAUAGUCAGUUCGAGGCGCUAGAGAGGCCAGGGGAGGAUGAGAAGUAUGUUUUGACCGUCAGCGUGGAUCAAUCAGUCGAGGAGGUGCAGAAGGAAGCGCUGAAGAGAGCUACAGAGCUAUUGGAUGAAGAUACUGAGUAA